AUGGAGACCUUCACCAUCAAGACACCCUGCACCUCGGCCAACAUCGGCCCCGGCUUCGAUGUCAUCGGCCUCGCCCUCUCCAUGUAUCUUGAGCUGCGAGUCACCAUUGAUCGCUCAAAGAAGUCCUCAGACCUGCCUCUCAACUGCCGCAUCACCUAUGAGGGCGAAGGCGACGUGCCUCUUGACCCAGAGUCCAAUCUCAUCACCAGAGUAGCCCUCUACGUUCUUCGCUGCCACGACCAGCGCGCGUUCCCCGUCGAGACGCAUGUCCACGUGGUCAACCCAAUCCCAUUGGGCCGUGGGCUCGGCUCCUCGGGAGCAGCCGUCGUUGCUGGUGCCAUGCUCGGCAAGGAGGUCGGCGGCCUGCAUCACCUCACCGACGAGCGUUUGUUUGACUUCUGCCUCAUGAUUGAGCGGCAUCCAGACAAUGUCGGCGCCGCGCUCUUUGGCGGCUUCGUGGGUACAUACCUCAAGCCUCUCAGCCCGGAGGAUGUUGCCCGGGUCGAGAUCCCGCUGAGUGAGGUCCUCCCUGCCCCUGCUGGCGGAGAGGAUACAGGCAAACAACCUCCGGAACCCCCGAUCGGCAUCGGUCACCACAUCAAGUUCCCCUGGGCCAAGGAAAUCAAGGCUGUUGCCAUCAUCCCAGAGUUCGAGGUUCCCACCGCCAAGGCUCGCGAGGUCUUGCCCAAAGAAUACCCCCGACAGGAUGUGACUUUCAACCUGCAACGCAUUGCCCUGCUUCCCGUCGCAUUGGGCCAGUCGCCCCCUGACCCAGAUCUUAUUUACCUUGCUAUGCAAGACAAGCUACACCAGCAGUACCGCCAGACCUUGAUCCCUGGCCUGGGCGAAAUCGUAGAGUCCAUGUCGCCUGCGACUCAGAAAGGCCUGCUCGGUGUUUGUCUCUCGGGUGCUGGCCCUACCAUUCUCGCGCUGGCUACGGAGAAUUUUGAGGAGAUUGCAGAGAAUAUCAUUGGGCGCUUCCGUAAACAGAACAUCAGCUGCAGGUGGCUGCUCUUGCAGCCUGCUGAGGGCACCACGGUCAGUCGGUAA